UUCCCCGUUUGGGACAAUUGUAGGCAAUUUUCUGGUCUGUAAAAAAUGUUAUACGUGUAAUACCUUGCUCAUGUUGCCUCUGAUAUCUCUAUAUAGUGCUUGAGCUUUUGAAAACAUUUAACUUCAAUAUAUUAAGGAGGGAUUCUCCGAUUGUGAUUCAGUUCGCAGUCAUCCAUCGAGAGAGGCACAAUCACAUGAAAGUGUAGCUCUCUCUUGAUCGUACGCCACGAUCACAAAUUGCAACGUUAUUCGCGCUUUGUGCCUCAAAAGUAAAAGUUGUGUAUGGAAUAUUGCGAAUAAAAAUUGCAAUACCAUUUUAUAUUCAUUUUUGCAACAAAAAAAGUGCAUUAAAAGUGAUCAACAGUGGAAAAAUGUCAGCGGAAAAGCAAUUGGAUAGGUGUGCUAUCAGUGGUACAUCAAAAAUCAUGUACACAAGCUCCAGUAAUGAUAAAUUAGAGGGUCGAUUUAACUUUGGUCACACAAUCUCAGAAGUUUCCGCCGAUUGCACGAAUGACACCGUCAAAUUGCCAAUACCAGAAGGAAUCUCUGAAAAGCAUUCAAAAAAUCCGAGCCUUUCCACAGAUUUUCCUUCCUUGAAGGCAUUCUUCAAAAAAAUGGGAACGAUACCGAUCUUCUGCGACUUAUCCCUCUGUGCUUUCUUUGCUGUCUGGGUCAUCUUAGUUGAACUUGCAAUAAUUCCAUCAAAUAAAAGAGGUUUCAUCUGCGGGGAUAUCUCGAUAAGUUUCAAAUUCAACGGCGAUACCAUUUCAACUGCUAUGAUCCUGAGUAGCAUAAUAAUACCAUUUAUAUUGAUGUGGAUAGUAGAAGCAUUGAGAGGGAUAGGACAAUCCAGCAGGAUUUGUUUGUGGAAGCGAUCGCUGUAUAUCUCCCUGAAUUGGUACAACAAGUUCCUCAUUGGAUUCUCCAUUCAUAUUGCUAUCAUUGAAGCCAUGAAGACCCUGAUGGGUGAGUCAAGACCCCAUUUUUUGGACACUUGCAGACCUGAUACAGCUGUAAACUGUACAAUUGGAACGUACAUCAGCGACUUCACGUGUACAAAUACUGAAGUCUCUGCUCAACUUGUGAACGACAGUUUCAGAUCAUUCCCUUCAGGACAUUCUUCAGUUGGCAAUUUUGAGGGAUUAUUCAUGGCCUGGUACUUCUUAAUACGGUUUCCCUCAUUCCGCUGCAAGUGGUCUGUUCCUCUGCUUCAAACAACUUGCUUCAUUUGGGCAGCGACUUGUGGUAUCACCAGGAUAACAGAUAACCGUCAUCAUUGGUGGGAUGUCCUUUUUGGCGGAAUCAUUGGUCUCAUUUUCGCAGCCUACACAGCGAAAAUUUUGUGCCAUAACUUCAGAGUCAUCAGCACGAGAAGCAGUGAUGAUAUCGAAUCAUCAUCAAUACAUCUCAGCAACAAUAAGACACUCUUAUCAGUCACUACCAGUGCAAAGGACGAAAUGCCUUCUGAUACAGAGUUGUUGCAAGUGGAGUACCACAACAUUAGGAGUGCUACAUCAACACCCCUUUUCAAUGGUUACAAAAAGGUAGAAAAUUGUUGAGCAAAAAUUUGAGAUAAUAAAAAAACAUUUAAAU